AUAAGAGUGUCAAUUUCGAGGGCUUUUUCACGAACAACGCUAUCGCUGAAAUAGAAGGAUUUCCUCCAACAAACGAACAAAGUAGAAGAAAAUAGAUCUCCAAAUUUUGACUAUAUAUUUAAACUAAUAAUUGAUUCCAAUGCCACCUACUACUGGCUGCUGUUGAUCACAAUCAUACAUUACUACCAAUCAUAUGCCAAAGUACACUAUGCUUUAAAUUCUUCAGUCAAUUAAUGUUGCCCUAAUAAUACAAACUUCAAUCCCACAAGAAAAGAAGUCCCCAACCCUUUUUGAGAUAAUGGGCAAAAGAAAAAUAAGCAAGGUUUUUCAUCUCUGUUUCACUUUCUUCUUCUUCUGCAUCUUCCCUUACUUCGUUAGCCCAAGUACCAGUCUUGCUGAUGAAUGCUCGAUUUCCAGCACUGUUUCUAACGUCGAUGACGUCAACGGCAAUCUCCCACCAAAUAACAGAAGGAAAACUACAGUAUCAUCAUCGGUUCUAAUUGCUGAUGUUCCUCUGUUUGUCUUCGGGGAUUCCCUUUAUGACCCCGGGAACAACAACUACAUUAACACCACCACCGAUUUUCAGGCCAACUUCUUGCCCUACGGACAAACCCACUUCGAAUUCGCCACCGGGAGAUUUUCCGACGGCCGUCUCAUUCCCGAUUUCAUUGGUAAUCUGUGUAGUCUGCUCUGCAGUUGUUUCAGAGUUCCUUUUUUUUUGUCCCCCCUUGUUCUAUGCUAGUAAUUUUUAUUUAUGGGUUUUGUUUGUUGGUAUUAAUUGGUUGGUGCUGGCAGCUAAGUAUGCCGGACUGCCGUUGAUCCCGCCGUAUUUUCAGAGCAGCUAUCAUCAGUUUGGGUAUGGUGUUAACUUUGCAUCUGGUGGCGGCGGAGCUCUGGUUGAAACUUACCAGGGACUGGCAAUUGACUUGAAAAUGCAAUUGCUGUAUUUUAAGGAUGUUGAGAAACAGUUGAGGGAAAGAGUAGGUGACAAAGAGACCCAAAAAUUGAUGUCUAAUGCGGUGUAUAUGUUCAGUAUUGGGGGGAACGACUUAAUUGCUCCCAAUCCCAUUUUUAGCAGCUUCUCCUCACAAGACUACAUUCAUAUCAUUAUCGGCAACUUCACCUCUGUCCUCAAGGAAAUUUACAAGGCAGGGGGGAGGAAAUUUGGGUUACUUAGCUUAGUGCCAGUGGGAUGUCUACCAUAUAUUAGAGUUCACAAUGGAGAUGGUAGUGAGCUUUGCGUGGAAGAAUUCACAAAACUGGUGAAUCAAUACAACGAUGCACUUUCUGAAGCAAUUCACCAGCUUCAGAACCAACUCCAAGGCUUCAUCUACUCCAAGUUUGAUCUCUACAAUGCCGUUUUCCAAAGGAUCCAAAACCCCUCCAAAUAUGGUUUCAAAGAUGUGAAGAGCGGAUGCUGUGGUAGCGGUAUAUACCGAGCAAAUUAUACAUGUGGAGGUAAAAGAGGAGAGGAGCAGGAGUACGAGGUGUGCGACCAUCCAGAGGAUCAUUUCUUCUUCGAUUCUUAUCAUCCCUCUGAAAAAGCCUACAACCAAUUAUCAAAGUUAAUGUGGGAUGGGCCUCCAAGUGUUACUAGCCCAUAUACACUCAAGGCCCUGUUUCAGCUUGGUGAUUCGGCUUCUGCCCACAUUACACAACAAGAAGAAUACCUCUCGUCCGAUAUUCCUGAAUUUUGUGAAGAGAAAAAUUAAAGUAGACGUCCUUUAAUUUCAGUUGUACUAUUAUCGAGUGAAUGAAUAAUAAGUUAAGUAAAUCAUUUUAUCUUUUUCUGUAUUCACGUAUUCCCUUAGUUCUGCAUUGAGUUUUGAGAUUGAACUGCAAAUGUCAAAACUGUGUGAAUUAUUUUAUUUGGGACAGAGAUGGUAUAUCACAACAAUAUAGCUCUGAAACUGAAAGAAAGUGG